GUAAAUCAAUACUGAUUAGGUACUUUGAUUCUAGUUAUAGUUUAAAGUUAAAACUGCAUUACUUGUCGUUUUCGAUGCUAUCUAUCUAGUUAAAGCCGAGAUUGGUUUAAUUAUAAAAAAACUGCAAAAUGGGAGCCGUCUUGGGCCUUUGUUCGGCAGCGCAGCUCGCGUGCUGCUGCGGCAGCGCCGCGUGCUCGCUAUGCUGCUCGGCGUGCCCCUCGUGCGCCAACUCCACCUCCACGCGGCUCAUGUACACCCUGAUGUUGCUGCUGGUCAUGGUGGCCGCUUGCAUCACGCUGGCCCCUGGACUCAAAACAGAACUACAAAAAGUGCCUUUUUGUGCUAAUUCAACAGGAGUCGUACCGGCAAAUUUUAAAGUAGAUUGUAAUAAUGCUGUUGGCUACCUUGCGGUUUAUAGAAUUUGUUUUGCGCUGUGCAUGUUCUUCAUUCUGAUGGCAUUGAUAAUGAUAGGUGUGAAGUCUUCCAAGGAUCCUCGUACCGGCAUACAAAAUGGUUUUUGGGGCAUCAAGUUCCUGGUGGUGAUCGGGGGUGUGGUCGGCGCGUUCUUCAUCCCCGAGGGCUCGUUCGCCUCCACGUGGAUGGUGUUCGGCAUGAUCGGGGGCUUCUGCUACAUCAUUAUACAACUCGUCUUGAUCAUUGAUUUUGCGCACUCGUGGGCUGAGAGAUGGGUCUCGAACUACGAGGAGUCGGAGUCUCGCGGGUGGUACGCGGCGCUGCUGCUGGCCAUGCUCACCUGCUUCACACUCGCCCUCGCCGGCAUCGUGCUCCUGUUCCUCAACUUCACGCAGGAGGCCAGCUGCGGGCUGUCCAAGUUCUUCAUCUCGAUCAACCUGAUCCUGGUGGUGCUCGCGAGCGCGAUCUCUAUCCUGCCGGCGGUGCAGGAGCACAACCCGCACUCCGGCCUGCUGCAGUCCUCCGUCGUCUCGCUCUACGUCAUGUACCUCACCUGGUCGGCCUUGUCCAACUCGCCGGCGCCCUGCAACAGUCUCAUCGACCCUAACAAUGAUCGUAAAGAAGAUACUUACUGGGCGGCGUCGUUCGACAAGCAGGCCAUCAUCGGGAUGGUGAUCUGGGUGUGCAGCGUGCUGUACUCGUGCGUGCGCACCGCCUCCAACUCCUCCAAGAUCACCAUGUCCGACCACAUCCUUGCCAAGGAAGGCACAGGGCAAGGAGGGCUCAUUGCUAACGAAGAGGGCGCGGGCGCGGAGGGCGGCGAGGCGGGCCAGGCCAAGGUGUUCGACAACGAGGGCGACGGCGUGGCCUACAACUGGACCUUCUUCCACGUCGUGUUCGCGCUGGCCACCCUCUACUCCAUGAUGACGCUCACCAACUGGUUUAACCCUAGCUCGCAGCUCAUGAAGGAGAACGUAGCGUCCAUGUGGAUCAAGAUCUCCUCCUCGUGGCUGUGUGUCGGGAUCUACAUAUGGACCAUGGUCGCUCCCGCCAUCUUCCCAGAUCGCGACUUCAGUUAAACUCUACAUCUAUUUUUAGUAUAUACGUAAUAUGUUCUUAUUAUUUGAACGGUUACAAAAAAAUGCUAUUGAGAUGAAUACUUGUUUAGGGAUCUCAGCAACCAAACGAUAUUGCAAAUCCAAAAGCGUAAAACUAACUUUAUUUUUUUAUGGGAUAUGUAAAAAAACAUCCAUAUUUAGUUUUUUUAGUGUUAAAAGUAGGUACAGUCAACAACAGAGCUAUGAAUACAGGCAAAGUGUCAAAAAUAUGUAUACAGUACUUUAUUGCCUGUACAUUAAGGUCGUGUAUACAUAUUUUUGGCACUUUGCCUGUAUUCAUAGCUCUGUUGUUGACUGUACAUUGUGUAUUUACAGUAAAGAUUAAUUGAUAAUAAAUUGGAUAACUAAGAAGUCAGUUAGUGGCAAUAAGUGUUUCGUGGAUCUAGAUUGAAAAUUUAUUGAAUGCCUAUGUUACAGAUAAUGUUUUUCACCGCGUGAAGAUUUUUCAGCCAAAUAAACAAUCACGAUUAUGUAGGCCGCCACGAUCGUGCACACAGUAGAAGUGGCAUACCAUAAACUUUAUAUAUGUAUUACCAUUACUUUAUUUUUAUCACACAUGUAAAAUAUGUUUUGUCUAGAUAUAAUAUUACGAGUUAUAAUCUUCGGAAACCUGUGUUAUUCACUUUUACCCUAUUCGUAUUUUAGACAUACUUUGUUCAUUUUUAUUAUUAAAGGCGUGUGUUCAGUUUGUGAUUGCGUUGGUUAGCGAGCAAUUCGUGAAAGGGAGAUUUUGUGGCCAGACUGCACGUCGGAUAGAUCAUGGUAAAAGCGACUUACGUGCUUUCUAGUAAGGUCCAACUUCGCAUUUGGUUUUAGGUAGAUGGUGUUAAAUUUGGGAGAAGACGCUCGAUUCGAUUUUCACAUGUUAAUAGGCUAUAAUAUGAAAUAUCUAAUCAAUUUAUUACUCCCAUUUAAAUUUAAUCUCGAUUUAAUACUUGUAGUUCAUUUAGCUAGAUGUUUGAAGUUCUGUAUUAUCCUAGUCACCUACACUACUUCAAUAAAACUCUGUAUCUACCAAUAA